CUCCCCCUCAGGUACAAGAACAUUCCACAGAUGUCAUUUGAUGAUACAGAACGGGAGCCAGACCAGACCUUUAGUCUGAACCGAGACAUUACAGGAGAAUUAGAGUAUGCUACAAAAAUUUCCCGGUUUUCAAAUGUCUAUCAUCUUUCCAUUCAUAUUUCAAAAAACUUUGGAGCAGAUACGACGAAGAUCUUUUAUAUUGGCCUGCGGGGAGAGUGGACUGAGCUUCGCCGGCAUGAGGUGACCAUCUGCAACUAUGAAGCAUCAGCCAACCCAGCUGACCACCGGGUGCAUCAGGUCACCCCGCAGACACACUUCAUUUCUUAAGGGCCAGCAGGGGCUCCCUCAGAUGUGCUGUUAGUGAAGAUGUGCGACCACCUGCUGGGAAGGACAGAGGAUGCUCCAGCAAGAGUUGCCUGCCACAGCCUUGGCCAGGCUUUGUCUCGGGGUUGCUGUAGGAACCUGGCCUGUGGAAACCGCCUCACCACCAGGGGCGGUGUGGUGCCAAGGGACAGUCUCUCUCUAAGGCACUGCAGAAACUGGGUCUUAGGCUGGGUGGCAUCUGUCAGUUAUGAAUAAUGCUCACUUUCCAGUCUGUGGCCACGGGAUCUCAUGUGGCUUCUUGCUUGUGGCAGAUUUCUUGUGUGGUUUGUCCUUUCUCAAAAAGGCUGCUUCCUUGACUGUAGGAAUCCUUCUGAGACCUGAGCUUUGUGUUUGAAUUAGCCAUCAGGAGGGUCUCCAACCAGAAACACGCGUCCCUGCUUGAUCCUCCUUCUGUCAUUGCUAUACAUUUGUGUCAGGGUGCCUAGCUGGUGUCAUAUGUCACACACAAGUGUCCCACGAUGGUGGUUGGAAAGGAAGGAGUCUCCUGGUACGUGACUGCUUGGGGAAGGUCUUACACACUGUCUAGCCAAAUAGUCGCGAGUCCUUUCUCUGUGUGGGUGGCCUGGUUGGGUUAAGACGGAGACAGUAAAGAUUCCCCUCGGGACCUCCUUGGUGUUUACCUGCUUUCAACUUGUGUUGUAAACCCAGUGCUGGAGUCUGGAGACCCUGCUCCUUCUGUUCAUGGCUUUCAUUCAUGGUGACUAAUGAGCUUCCUAAUAAAUCCUUAGAGACUUAA